GUGAUCUCGCGAGGAAAAGCGAGAUGUCAGGUCAUCAAUAAAAAAUAAAAAAUUUCUUGUCAGAUUGCUGUAGCCUAAAUUUUCGAUGAUGACAAUACAGUGGACCUUCAUUGCCACAUUUCUUUAUGUGGAAAUAGGUGUGGUGAUUUUGUUACUCCUCCCGUUUAUCUCACCUACAAGAUGGACAGGCUUUUCUCGAAAGAUGUCUCAGAUAUGGCAGAGAAUUUUCAAGUCGCGUCUUCUCAAAAACAUUGGAUCCUACUCGAACAUCUACUUCAAUGUCCUGAUUGCAGUGCUUACCAUACUCCUCUUUGAUGCUAUCCGUGAUGUACGCCGCUAUUCUGUCGAGCCUGACCCACAUGAGCUUGCUCAUGCCCCACAUGCUGAAACAGUCGUCCACAUGAAGCUAUUCCGUGCCCAGAGGAACUUCUACAUUGCUGGAUUUGCUCUCUUCCUUUGGCUUGUGAUCAAGCGUCUGGUUGUGCUGAUAGCUAACAAUGCCACGUUGGCUGCCCAGAGUGAGGCUUCCCUGAAACAAGCCACAAGCGCCUCAGAGAUGGCCAAGAAGCUAAUUGAAGAAAAAGAUAACAAGGAUAAUAAGGAAAAAGAAGAUACUUGCAAGAAAUCAGCAAUGGCCGCUGUGGCAGAUCAAGCCAAAGCUAAUAAUGACUUGAAGAAAGAGCUGGACGAGACACGCUUGGAGCUGGAGAAAUCUAAGGAAGAGCUUUUCCAUUCCAACUUGGAUCUUGAAACCCUCCGUAAGCAGGCUGAGAGCACAAAUAAAGAAUAUGACAGGCUAGUUGAUGAGCACUAUAAGUUAGAGAAAAAAGUCGCUAUUUUAUCAGGAGAGGAUGAUGGAAGUAAAAAGGAUGAUUAAAUGCGAAUAUAGUGACUGUGACAUAUAUUCAAGGAUCGAGAGUUGUUGGGUAUUGGCAUAUCCGUGUCCAACAUCCAAUAUUUUCAUGGGAAUUUAAAAUUUUAUACUGCUUAAAUCAGAACUUUUCCAUGUGACACAUAGGUGAUAGGAAGUAUGUAGGUCUUUAUGCAUAGUUGGUGAUAGCCAUUGGAGGCAAGUAUGGCUAUGCUGGGCCAAUGCAGGGACAGAGGAUGGAAUAAACACGGGAAAGACCACAACAUCUCUUGCCAAAUGUGGUCACAGAAAUAUCCCCGAGGACUUGAGAAAUCUGUCGAUGAUGUGACCAUUCAUUGGAAAGGUCUCACAGAGUACUUUCUGAAGGUAUCAAAAGUAUAAAGUUUCAUGUGAUAUUUCUUAAUAUGAGUAAAAUUUGCAUCAUUCUGAAAUCUUUUUCAAAACGGCUCCAGUUUAAACUAAACACGGCACUCUUUUUCUUUUGAGACUCAUCAUUAGGCACAGCCUUCUUGAUCUUACUUUCUUUUUAUCAUACAUGUAAUUAAUGUAUUGAAAUUUGCUUUUGUCUCGUUUGUUUAUGGUUUCCUUUUGUCCUUAUGGGUUUAGUAAAGUUGAGUGAUUCAACUAGUCUGCUGCCAGUCUGCUGCCAGUCUGCUUUCAUGGUCUUAGGUGAAGGGAUGUACUAACCAUCGCUUGUUGCCUUUGCAAGAGUUGCCCCAAAUCAAGUUCUGUUGAAAUCUGCUUGGAUCUUAUUGUGAAAGUGGGAAGUUGAACAGUAUUACAUGUACAUGAACAUAUCAGAUAAGUAGAUUAAGAGAUGUAUGUAUCUGUAAGGUUUAGAGCUGAUUGAAUCAUCAUUAUGGAUGUAUAUUUUGCCUCCUGUUCCUGGUGAGGAACGUCUGCAUUAUUCAGCGUGAGAAAGAUGUCCAUUGGGGAGACAUACCGCAGUAGUUGUAGAACUUAUGAUGUCUGCUUUACAUGUAUUCUUAGCUAAACAUUAUUUUAUAAGGUUAGGGCUUGGCAUAGCUUUCACACACCAAUCAUGUUGUAUAGGAUGCAUUCACAUUGUAAAAUCGGAGGAAACACUGAUUUUCUUCUCUCAGUCAAUUCCACAUCUGUCAUUGCAAAUUGAAGACUGGGGUUUACGUUUAAGAAUAAGGGGCAGGGCAAAGUCCUGUGGUUGAUUUCAGUAGCCCUCAGCAUCUUUUUUUCAUUGUUUUAUUCCAAGAUAUGGGGGCAGUAGCCUGUAGCAGAACCAAACGAUAUGUGUAAAUUAAAUAUUAAAGGCGCAGAGCUAUGCGUACAAUGUAUCUUGUUGUAGAAAGGCAAUAUGGUUGUUUUAUUAUGUUGCAAAAUUGUAUCCUUUUUUGGAAAUUUAUGCUAUCAAUGAACGUUAAUAAAAAUUCUGAAUUUCCGAAA